ACUGACCCUAGAAAGUCCACCUCAGUGGAUGUGCUGCUGGUAAACAUCAUCAGGGGGAAACUGCUUCCCUCUGCUCGUCUCUGGAUAACCACACGACCUGCAGCAGCCAAUCAGAUCCCUCUUGCAUAUAUUGACAUGGUAACAGAGGUCAGAGGGUUCACUGACCCACAGAUGGAGGAGUACUUCCUGAAGAGAUUCAGCAAUGAGAUGAAGGCCAGCAGGAUCAUCUCCCACAUCAAGACAUCUCAAAGCCUCCACAUCAUGUGUCACAUCCCAGUCUUCUGCUUGAUCACGGCUACAGUUCUGGAGGAUGUGCUGAAAACCAAAGAGGGUGGAAAGUUUACCCUGACCUUGACUGACAUGUACAGCCACUUCCUGGCGGUUCAGGCCAAAGUGAAGAAGGUCAAGUAUGAUGGAGGCACUGAGACAGAUUCACACUGGAGUCCAGAGAGCAGGAAGAUGAUUGAGUCACUGGGAAAACUGGCUUUUGAUCAGCUGCAGAAAGGAAACCUGAUCUUCUAUGAAUCAGACCUGACAGAGUGUGGCAUUGAUAUCAGAGCAGCCUCAGUGUACUCGGGAGUGUUCACACAGAUCUUUAAAGAGGAGAGAGGACUGUACCAGGACAAGGUGUUCUGCUUCAUCCAUCUGAGUGUUCAGGAGUUUCUGGCUGCUCUUCAUGUCCAUCUGACCUUCAUCAACUCUGGACUCAAUCUGUUGGAAGAGGAACAACAAACAAUUUUUCAGAUGUCUGAAACAAGAGACUCUGCAGUGAAACACUUCUACCAGAGUGCUGUGGACAAGGCCUUACAGAGUCUAAAUGGACACCUAGACUUGUUCCUCCGUUUCCUCCUGGGUCUUUCACUGCAGACCAAUCAGACUCUCCUACAAGGCCUGCUGAUACAGGCAGGAAGUAUCUCACAGACCAAUCAGGAAACAGUCCAGUACAUCAAGAAGAAGCUCAGUGAGAAUCUGUCCGCAGAGAAAAGCAUCAAUCUGUUCCACUGCCUGAAUGAACUGGAUGAUCGUUCUCUAGUAGAGGAGAUCCAACAGUCCCUGAGAUCAGGAAGUCUCUGCACAGAUGAACUGUCUCCUGCUCAGUGGUCAGCUCUGGUCUUCAUCUUACUGUCAUCAGAAAAAGAUCUGGAUGUGUUUGACCUGAAGAAAUACUCUGCUUCAGAGGAGGCUCUUCUGAGGCUGCUGCCAGUUGUCCAAGCCUCCAACAAAGCUCUAUUGAGUGGCUGUAACCUUUCCGAGAGAAGCUGUGAAGCUCUGUCCUCAGUUCUCAGAUCCCAGUCCUCUAAUGUGAGAGAGCUGAACCUGAACAAUAAUAACCUGCAAGAUUCAGGAGUGAAGUUUCUGUCUCUUGGAGUGGAGAUUCCACAUUGUAAACUGGAAUCUCUCAGACUUAGAGGUUGUAACCUUUCUGAAAGAAGUUGUGAAGCUUUGUCCCCAGUUCUCAAAUCCGACUGCUCUAGUCUCAAAGAGCUGGACCUGAGUGACAACAAUCUGCAGGACACAGGUGUGAAGCUUCUGUCGCUUGCAGCAAAGAGUCCACACUGUAAACUACAGACUCUAAGAGUGAGUCAUGGUAAUCUCACAGAGGGAAGUUGUGAAGCUCUGUCCUUGGUUCUCAACUGCCAGUCCUCUAGUCUGAGAGUGUUGAACCUGAGUAACAACAACCUGCAGGAUUCAGGCGUAAAGCUUCUGUCUGCUGGACUGAAGAGUCCACACUGUAAACUAGAAGUUCUUGUACUGAGUGACUGUGACCUCUCAGAAAGAAGUUGUGAAGAUCUGUCCACACUUUUCAGUUCGGACUCAUCUAGUCUGACUGAGCUGGACAUGAGUAGCAAUAACUUUCAGGAUACAGGAAUGAAGCAUCUCUGUAUUGCACUGCACAGUCCACACUGUACACUCAAAAUUCUCAGAUUAAGGAGCUGUAAUCUCUCAGAGAGAAGCUGUGAAGAUUUGUCCUCAGUUUUUAGCACCCAGUCCUCCAGUCUGAGAGAGGUAGACCUGAGUAACAACAACCUGCAGGAUUCAGGAGUGAAGCUUCUUUCUGUUGGCGUGAAGAGUUCAACUGAGAUGAAAACUCUCAGACUGAGUGGCUGUAAACUCUCUGAGAUAAGCUGUGAAGCUCUGUCCUCAGUUCUCACCUCCCAGCCCUCUAGUCUGAGAGAGCUGGACCUAAGUGACAAUGACCUGCGGGAUUCAGGAGUUAAGCUGCUGUCUUCCGGAGUGAAGAGUACACUCUGUAAACUGGAAAUUCUCACACUGUCAGGAUGUCUGAUCACAGAUCAGGGCUGUGAUUCUCUGGCUUCAGCUCUGGAGUCCAACCCCUCCCAUCUUAGAGAGCUGGACCUGAGCUACAAUCAUCCAGGAGACACAGGAAUGAAGCUGCUCUUGGCUGGACUGAAGGAUCCAGGCUGGAGACUGGACACCCUCAGGGUGGAGCCUACUGGAGUCCGAUGGUUGAGACCAGGUCUGAGGAAGUAUUCCUGUCAACUCACAAUUGACACAAACACGGUGAACAGAGAACUCAAACUGUCUGACGACAACAGGAAGGUGACACGUGCGGAGGAGUAUCAGUCAUAUCCUGAUCAUCCAGACAGAUUUGAUUGGUAUCAGCUGCUGUGUAGAAAUGGUCUGACUGGUCGCUGUUACUGGGAGGUCGAGUGGAGAGGAAAAGUUGAUAUAUCAGUGAGUUACAAAAGAAUCAGAAGGAAAGGAGAGCUACUAGAUAUUAAUUACUGUUUGUUUGGGUGUAAUGAUCAGUCCUGGAGUCUGGAGUGCUCUGCUGGUGGUCCUCAUUGUGUCUGGCACAAUAAGAAGCAAAUUCUUAUUCCCAUCUCCUCCUCCUCCUCCUCCUCCUCCUCUGUCUCUAACAGAGUAGCAGUGUAUGUGGACUGUCCUGCUGGCACUCUGUCCUUCUACAGAGUCUCCUCUGACACUCUGAUCCACCUCCACACCUUCAACACCACCUUCACUGAACCUCUUUAUCCUGGGUUUCGAUUAGGGUACAGCUACACUGGUUACCUCUUUUCUGGUUCGUCAGUGCGUCUGUGCCGAGUCGAGUGUAAAGAGCGUCCUCCUGUUAGAGAAACAGUCUGACUGUUGAACAGAUAGUUCAGUCUGUUCAUGUUUGUUUCUUACACUCAGAAACACGUUUUCAGAUUCGUGAAUUCAAUCAGUUGAUGUUUUAAACUG